GCCUCUCAAGAGUCUGGAGAAAAUGGCAGACACAGCCCCGGAACGUUCUGGGCAGCUAGUUGUGCACUCAGACACUCACAGUGACACCGUCCUGGCUAGCCUUCAGGACCAAAGGAAAAGAGGCUUUCUCUGUGAUAUUACUUUAAUCGUGGAGAAUGUGCAUUUCCGAGCCCACAAAGCCUUACUUGCUGCCAGCAGCGAGUAUUUCUCGAUGAUGUUUGCGGAAGAGGGCGAGAUCGGCCAGUCUAUUUAUAUGUUGGAAGGCAUGGUGGCAGACACCUUCGGGGUCCUGCUGGAAUUUAUCUAUACAGGGUAUCUACACGCCAGCGAGAAAACCACAGAACAGAUCCUGGCUACCGCGCAAUUCUUAAAAGUCUAUGAUCUGGUAAAGGCUUACACCGACUUCCAGACUAACCACAGCUCCUCAAAGUCACCGGCUCUGAACGGCACUGGUACUCCAGUCGUUGUUAUUUCUAAUAAGAAAAAUGAUCCUCUAAAACGGAAACGGGGAAGACCGAGAAAAGGCAAUAGUGUGCAGAAGGGGAAACCAGAACUAGCUGCAGAGGAAGAAACGCAACUAAAAGUGAACAGUUCAGUUCAGAACAGACAAAACUUUGUGGUUCAAGAAGGACACGGUGUGGAAGCGAGCGAACAGAAGAUGUCCAAAGACGAGGGACCUGAGCCCGCGGGGGAGCCAGCGAGAGGGGAGGGGAAGGGUGAGAACUGUGACCCCAAGGCUCGGGACGGACAGGACAGCCUGAGUAGGUACAGCAAGCGGAGGAUUCGGAGGUCUGUCAAGCUUAAAGACUACAAACUCAUCGGAGAUGAAGACGACCAGUGCCCCGCCAAGAGGAUCUGUGGAAGGAAAACGCGCGCCAGCGGUCCCGAGGCCCAGUGUAAAGACUGUGGGAAAGUCUUUAAGUAUGACCACUUUUUAGCAAUCCACCAGAGACGCCACACUGGGGAACGACCCUUCAAAUGUAACGAGUGUGGGAAGGGUUUCGCCCAGAAGCACUCCUUGCAAGUCCACACCAGGAUGCAUACAGGGGAGCGGCCGUACACCUGCACCGUGUGCAGCAAGGCACUGACCACCAAGCACUCACUGCUGGAGCACAUGAGCCUGCACUCAGGGCAGAAGUCUUUUACCUGUGAUCAGUGUGGAAAAUACUUCAGCCAGAAAAGACAGCUAAAGAGCCAUUAUCGAGUCCACACAGGCCACUCACUGCCAGAAUGCAACCACUGCCAUCGAAAAUUCAUGGAUGUGUCUCAGCUAAAGAAACAUCUGCGAACACACACAGGUGAGAAGCCAUUUACUUGUGAAAUCUGUGGGAAGUCUUUCACAGCCAAGAGUUCCCUUCAGACCCACAUCAGAAUCCACCGAGGAGAAAAGCCAUACUCCUGCAGCAUCUGUGGCAAGUCCUUCUCUGACUCCAGUGCCAAGAGGAGGCACUGCAUCCUACACACGGGCAAAAAGCCUUUCUCCUGCCCUGAGUGUAGCUUACAGUUUGCUCGCUUAGACAAUUUGAAGGCUCACUUGAAAAUUCACAGCAAGGAGAAACACACAUCGGAUCCCAGCAGCGUUUCUGGCAGUAAUGCUGACGAGGUCCGGAACAUUCUUCAGCUACAGCCGUACCAGCUCUCCACCUCAGGAGAGCAGGAGAUUCAGCUUCUUGUAGCUGAUUCUGUGCAUAACAUUAACUUCAUGCCAGGCCCUAACCAGGGGGUCAGCAUCGUGACUGCUGAGAGCUCUCAGAACAUGGCCACAGACCCAGCCGCUAACCUUGCCCUGCUCACACAGCAACCGGAGCAGCUGCAAAGCCUGAUUCUUUCCGCUCAGCCGGAGCCAACAGAACACAUUCAGAGCCUCAGUAUGAUUGGUAGCCAGAUGGAACCCUCCCAGCCAGAGCCAGUGCAGCUAAUCGCAUUUUCCAAAGACACGCUGGCGCAUCUGCAUGCCCACCAAGGCCAGACAGAGGCUCUCCGCUUGGCAGCGGAUGCUUCCGGUCCCGCCCAGCACCUGCAGCUAACUCAGGAGUCUGACCCAUCCCUACCCACUCCUCUAGGCCAGGAGCAGAGCUGACCCAUACACAUGACUGACCGUUCCACAGGACCCCUGUCCUGGGCCAGCAGUGACAGGCUGGUCCUUUAAAGAUGUGACAGCUCUAUCGGUCAGAAGCUGAGUGUUGGCAAAUGUGCACAACCUGUCUUAUCUGUAAUACCAGUUCAUAUUUAGCAUUUAAAUAUUGAUGAGGGGCUCCACUCUCGUUGAUUUAGACUUUUCUCUAAGUGUUGAGUGUUCACCGCCAUAGAGUGUGUCUUCUUUAGAACAAAACGUCGUAUGUAGGUUGAAUCUUCAGAUUCGAUGGUUGGUUCCAUUCCGUUAUUUCUCUUACGCAGUAUACUUGCCAGUCCAAAACAGGUCAGGACUGACCUGUACUUGAUUACAUCAAGCAAGAGAUUUCCCCUCUGGUAACUCUUAAAGAUCACCUCUUAAAUUUAUCUUGUGUGGUGCAGUCGGCUGAUCCUGAUGCACUAAAGAUAGAUUCAGACUUGAAAACCAUACAUGAUAUGAAAGCCAAAUGUACUUUUUGUUUGUUUUUUGAAACAGGGCUGCUCUAUGCAACAGCUGUAGCUGUCCUGGACUCAUUUUGUAGACAAGGCUGGCCUCCAACUCACAGAGAUCCGCCUGCCUGUGCUUCCUGACAGCUGGGAUUAAAGGCGUGUGCCACCGUCACCUGGCACAAAAUGUCAUUCUAAAAUUUUUUGAGUUCAACUUUUCUGCAAAACAUGGAUUUAUACCUUUUUUUGAAAGAAGCAGACUGUUAAAUUUUUAAUUAAAAAGUCUUCUAAAUAUGAAACUAAAUCAAGAUAUUCAUUCCAAAUAAACCAGUGUGUCAGAUAA